GCCACAACCCAAAAGCCCUGGCGUAAAUCAAGCAUUCAUUUGCCUGAGGUGUUUGCUCCUUUGAAGAGGCUUUAAAGUCCACCCUCCUACUCCUCCUCCUCUCUCUUCACCCUCUGAGCCAAAGAUGCUCUCGAAAAGCUCAGAUCUUCCCCAAAAGUCCUUCCAAAUAAGGCAGGAUGACAAGUUCUACACCAGGCUCCUCUCCAAGGAGAGCUCUCCGGCCAACUCUUCCUUCAGAGUCUACUAUGGGGUGGCCUCUGGGUCUGUGCCUUUCUUGUGGGAGUCCCAGCCUGGGACGCCAAAGAACACCAUUCCCACCACCACCAUCCCUCCCCUCACCCCUCCACCCUCGUACUACUCGAGCCCGGCGAGCACGAGCUCCAAGAAGUCCUCCAAGUCCAAGCUCAUCCAUACCAUCCUUCCCAGGCUCACUCUGAGGAAGGCACAUGCACCGCCUUCACCGUCCGUCUCGCUGUCAUCCUCGCCGGCGUCAUCCUCCUCCUCCUUGUUCUCUCCAAUAGGCUCCAAAGGCACUCACCAGCGCCGGCGGUCCUCAAGCUCGAGGUUGUCAUUCCCCUCCCCGGGCGACGACGAGGAAUCCGACAAUGGGUCCCCGACCUCGAUUCUGUGCUUCAGAAUGCGGCGAGGGGCUACCGACAGGCUCAGGGGAUGCCACUCGGUCGUUAACAUGAAUAACACAUUGUUGUCGAUCGUUGAUCAUGGAUCCAGGCAAGGUACUGCUUCCUAAAAGGCUUAACUCCACAAAUUAGCGUUCUGGUUUUGGGCUGUAACGUUUGUUUAGUGUUCAUCACCCACCAAAGAGCGGGCGGGCAAAGCCGAGAAUGUUAUAGCUAGAUAUCAUCAAGUCCUGUCAAUGCUAAGAAUAACGUGGGCAACGUCUGUAUCAGCAUAGCUCGUGCUCUCCCUUGCAUUCUCUACCACAGCCCUUCCUUUUCUUCUUCUUCUUCACACUGCUUUCCUUCUUAAUAAUUAUUAUUAUGUAUAAGUUGACAUGGUGAAAAAAUAGAGUUUUGUUUGAUGGAUGCGUGAA